UGGAGUCAACUGCAAUUUUCUUAGUCGUUCUUUAAUUUAUUUCCGAAUUCCAACUACCUUCACUUCAAUGAGUGAAUGUAGCAAAAAUCAAAGAGCAAAGUUGAAUCAUGAAAAAUCUGCGUGCUGCUGUUACUUCUGCUGCAAUUUUCCCGCCGUUUUUCUUCUGCUUAGUCUUCCUUCUUCUCAGCUCAGCCUUAGCCCCCAUUGAUGCUAUCUCAGUUAACUGCGGCUCAAAAUCAAGCGGCGCUUCUGCAGCCGGCGGCGGCAAUGCAUGGCGCGGCGACAUACCGCCGGAUCUACCGCCGAUGCUGCAAUUGCAGGGGGAAACGACCGUGUUCCGCAGCGCAACACCCGGCGCCGGCGCCGGUGAUCAUCCGAUUCCUUACCGGACUGCGCGGCUCUCUCGCUCGAGAUUCUCGUAUAGGUUCAACGUGACUCGAGGUCAGAAAAUUAUUCGGCUACACUUCAAUCCAGCGUUGUAUAGGGGAUUUAAACGGUUUAAUGACUUGUUCGAAGUUGAAGCCGGUGGUUUUACCUUGCUCGGAAACUUUAGUGCUUCUCUCACUGCCGAUGCUCUAGGUUUGCGUUAUUUUGUGAAGGAAUUUUGUGUAAACAUUGAUGCAGAUCAACUGUUUGAUGUAGUGUUCUAUGCUGUGAAUAGUCAACUUGUGGAUACUUAUGCUUUUAUAAAUGGCAUUGAGAUUAUCUCGGUGCCUUCUGGUGUUUCUUACUUUGGAGGGAGAUAUGUAGGAGUUGAAUUGGUAGGGAAGUCCGUGAUCAAUGUUGAUAAUAGUACUGUGCUUGAAAUAGUCAGGAGAGUUAAUCUGAAACAGGAUUCUGUCUCAUCGUCUAAUGAUGCAAACGGCGUGUUUGGGGUGUGGGAGAUGGCUUCUAGGAGGAAAGAAGCCAAGGCGAAGAGUGUUGAGUGGAGAACAUUGGUGGAUGUGGGAUUUAGUUAUUUGGUUAGGCUCCAUUUCUCCGAGCUAGGGCUCGAGAUGGCAGAGAUAAGGGGUGUUACUUUCAAAAUCUACAUCAAUGAUGUCAUUGUUGAUGCGGAUAUUGAGAGAAGAGAAGGGGAUUAUGAUCAUGCAGAUGCCAUCCCUUGGCAUAGGGACUACAUGGUGAUGAUCAAAGGGCUCAAACGCGUGGGUAAGCGUGAGAUCGUCAUUUGUCUUCAAUCCAAUGGCAAGUUCAUAAAUGGACAUGGAAUCCUUGAAGGGUUUGAAGUUUUGAGGAUGAGUAGCCCUGACAAUAGUUUGGCCAGUCCAAAUCCAUUGCCUUCGUCUUUCAGUUCAUCAAACUGGAUAAUCCAGAGUUUUGAUCAAGUUCUUGGUCACAGAAAUACGAUUUCCACUUUUGUGAUAACAUUACUUGCGUCAGUGAACACCAUUGUACAUAUAUUGCGUAUAAUAUGGGAAGUCAGAUAUAGAGAGGAGAAAAACAUGCCAUCAGUUAAGGCUGGACGACUUUGUAGACGAUUUUCACUUGCUGAGAUCCAAUCAGUCACAAGAAACUUCAGCGAUGCACAUCUCAUUGGAAGGGGAGGAUUUGGCAAAGUUUAUAUAGGCCGCAUUGACAAUGGGCAAGUGACAGUGGCCAUAAAGCGACUGAGAUCAAAUUCGAACCAAGGGCAAAGAGAAUUUGAGACAGAGAUUGAAACAUUAACUGAGCUCCGACAUGUUAAUUUGGUGUCCCUGAUUGGCUUCUGCUAUGACCGUAGAGAAAUGAUUCUUGUUUAUGAUUACAUGGCCUAUGGAACAUUGAGUGACCACCUUUACAAACUUUCGAGGAAAGGUGUUGAGUGCCCAUCUCUUACGUGGAAAGAGCGCCUUACCAUAUGCGUAGGAGCUGGUCGAGGACUAGACUAUCUUCACACUGGCCACUCACUCAUACAUCGGGAUGUUAAGGCUUCAAAUAUUCUCCUUGAUGAGAACUUUGUAGCCAAGGUUGCAGACUUUGGCUUGGCUAGGCACAUGAAUAUGAGAACAUCAAAGACUCAUGUUAGCACAAAAGUUAAGGGUACAUUUGGGUACUUGGACCCAAAUUAUUACACCACAGGUAAACUAACAAUGAAAAGUGACACAUUUUCCUUUGGGGUGGUUUUGCUGGAAGUACUUUGUGGAAGACCGGCUGUGGAUCCAGAAGUCGGAGAGGAUAAAUUGCUGCUGACUAAGUGGGCCCGAGAAAAUAUUAGCAAGGGAAAAUCUGACCAAAUUGUAGCUCCAGAUCUAAUGGGUGAAAUCUCAGAAGAUAGUUUUAAGGCAUUUAUUGAGGUUGCUGAAAGAUGCUUGCAUGACGAGCCAAGGGAACGGCCAACAAUGGCUCAAGUCGUGCUACAGCUCGAGUAUGCUCUUAAGCAGCAGGAUAGCUCAAAAUCCAUGCCACAGAAUGUGAAUGAUCCCCACUCAUCCAACAAAGAAGCUAACUUGUCGAUUAAUGCUCAGCAGCUCGAGCAGAAUACACCCAGUCCCAAAGAGCACACUAACAGAAUCGGAUUUGUUAGUAUUAUUAAUAAGCCUCCACCUCUAUUUGAAAGAGAAGAUUGGGGAAAAGCCACGACACAGAGACCAGCACGACUUAGGCCGUGGGAUGCAUUUUGGAGUAGAGUUAAACCAUCUGGCAGUUAUGAAGAUUGUGCGACGGAAUCAAUGCAAAACUACAAACAGUCUAUGGAUAUGAUGCAUAACAAUGUCCCUGCCACUAUCCCACUAGAUGAAUUAGCAGAGAUUACUGAUGAUUUUGAUGUCAAGUGUGUUAUUGGUGAGGGAUCGAGUGGAAAGGUGUACCAUGGAGUACUCAAAAGUGGACUGGCUGCUGCAAUAAAAAAGCUCAAUUCUAGCAAUCAGGGACAGGAAGUACUUUUAGCUCAGGUUUCCACAGUAAAGCACAAAAAUGUGGUUGAGCUGCUUGGUUAUUGUGUAGAUGGUGGUUUGCGAGCCUUGGCUUAUGAGUUUGCUCCAAAUGGUUCCCUGCAUGAUAUUCUCCAUGGACGGAAAGGCAUCAGAGGUUCAGGGCCGGGUCAAGCUCUGUCGUGGCCUCAGAGAGUUAAAUUUUCUGUUGGAGCUGCAAAAGGGCUAGAGUUCAUCCAUUUGAAGGGACAGAUUCAUGGGGAUAUCAAAUCCAGCAGCAUUCUUAUUUUCGACGACUAUGGAGUUGCUAAGGUCUCUGAUUUUGAUCUUUCAAAUCAAGGUCCUGGCACUCGCCCUAGUUCCUCUGGUUAUCAUGCUCCUGAACUCAUUACUAGUGGCCAGCAAAGCUGGAGGGGUGAUGUUUACAGCUUUGGCGUUGUACUUCUAGAACUUCUAACUGGGCGUAAGCCUGUUGGUAAUACACAUAGAGCUGGAGAGCAGGAUCUUGUGACAUGGAUUGUGAACCAGGCACUGAAAAAUCUUACGGAUGACAAGGUAAAGGACUAUGUUGAUGUUAGAAUGAAAGGAGACUACCCUUUUAAGGCAGUUGCUAAGAUGGCUUCGCUUGCUAUCUCGUGUGUGCAAUAUGAAGCCCGUUAUCGUCCAAAUAUGAGCGUUGUAGUAAAAGCUCUUCAACCUCUGCUGAAAAGUGCAUCCAAUCCUACCGGUCAAACAUCAAAUUUAAAGUUAGAAAGGCGCCGUUAUGUGGAGCAGUGGAUGAAUCAUUGUCGCUUUCCAGAUGAACUAAAAAGGCAAGUUCGAGAAGCCGAGCGUCUUAAUUGGGCUGCCACCUGUAUGUUCAAUGAAGAUAUGCUGAUGGAGAAGUUACCAGAAAACCUUCAAAGGGUUAUACGUCAUCAUCUCCGUAAAUUUCUUAGGAGCAUCUAUUCUUUACAGUAUUUGGACCAAUGCGUAAUAGAUGCUAUAUGUGAAAGGCUAAGAACGCAAACAUAUGUGAGAGGGAGCACAAUAUUUUAUCCCGGUGGUCAUGUCAAAAAGAUUGUUUUCAUAAUUCAAGGAACGAUGGAGAUCAGCUUAGUGGAUAAAUCUUAUACUAGGCGCUUGUCAGAAGGGGACUGUCAUGGAGACGAUCUCUUUACUUGGUGCCUCUUAAAAUCUCCAGUGAAUAAAGAUGGAAGAGGAAUGAGUGGUGGGCGGAUUUUAAGCAACUAUCUAGUUCGAUGUUUGACAAAUGUAGAAGCAUUGGUAUUGCGAGAAGUUGAUCUGGAACAAGUUGCCAGCCUUUUUGCUAGAUUCAUUGAUACCAGACGCUUCAAAUCAGCUGCAAGAUAUGCAUCACCUUACUGGAGAAGGCUCGCAGUUCAACGUAUUGAAGCUUCAUGGAUACGCAGGAAGGAACUACAAAGUAAUAACUCUCCGUGAUAUAACUCGCGAUAAAGAAGAAAGAGAUUGUGAUAUUCUGAUCGGUGAUGAGGCGAGACGAUAGUGGUGGUAGGAGGAGAGCUCGGUGGCCCGUGUACAUGGGUGGAACCACGUGGAUGGGAGGGGGGGCUAAAGCCCUUAAUAAAAUUAUUUUUUUUUUACUUUUUUCUUUUAUAAAUUUUUAAAAUUUAUCCACGUUUAACGUAAAUUAUUGUGUAAAAAUCCUUACAAAUAAUCUGAAAAAUC